AUGGAGUAUCGCAUAGGAAGAGGAGAGAUGGGCGUUCUGACUUUCGAGCCCUACAAGUCAUACUUACUUCCUCUAUGGCGCUUCCGAACCCCAGAUAUCGCACGACAAUCCUCGACCCUACUGCGGACCGAAUUCGAACAGUUUGGAGAAGCGGGAGAUUUUGUGGGCAUGGACAUGACGCGCAAGUUCAUCCAGAUGGGCUUUACACGCGCAAAACGCUACGCCAACCACAAAGGCGGAAGGAAGUACGACAAAGACCACGAGGUCCUUCCGGAUAGCGAGGACCAUUCUGACAAGGCCGACAAGCUGGAGGCCAGCCAGAUAUUCAAAGAUAUGCUGGAAGAAAUCAAGAAAGAUGAGAGCUACUUGCGACUUAAGGAGCAGUUUCAGAAAGAGCUCAAGGAAUACCAGAAGCAGAGAUCGUGA